GCGUCGCGGUGGCUAAUAUCGCUGACAGCUGGAAGGAAAAAGGCGUCGCUAGCAAACAGCGCAGACAUUAGCGCCACAACGCCUUCCCGACACCCUCUCCGGUCCACAGGAAGCCCUCCGGUGUCCUCCGUGCCCCCCCGGUACCGUCCGCGGCGGUCACACCGACUGUCAACCCCCCCCGAACGGAGAACACACAGACUGUCGGGGCGUUAGCCAGCCAGCUAGCAGAGCCACCUAGCAUUAGCAUUAGCAGUAGCGUUAGCAGCAGACGACAGGAAGAUGAUAGCGCUCAUCAACAAGCUGCUGGACUGGUUCAAGGCGCUGUUCUGGAAGGAGGAGAUGGAGCUGACCCUGGUCGGGCUGCAGUACUCCGGGAAGACCACCUUCGUCAACGUCAUAGCGUCUGGCCAGUUCAGUGAAGACAUGAUUCCCACAGUCGGCUUCAACAUGAGGAAGAUCACUAAAGGCAACGUCACCAUCAAGUUGUGGGACAUCGGUGGUCAGCCUCGGUUCAGGAGCAUGUGGGAGCGUUACUGUCGAGGAGUCAGCGCCAUCGUCUACAUGGUGGACGCAGCAGACCCGGAGAAGAUCGAAGCCUCCAAGAACGAACUCCACAACCUGCUGGACAAACCGCAGCUGCAGGGAAUUCCUGUUUUGGUUCUGGGCAAUAAGAGGGACCUACCAGGAGCUCUGGAUGAGAAGGAGCUCAUAGAGAGGAUGAACCUGUCGGCCAUCCAGGACAGAGAGAUCUGCUGCUACUCCAUCUCCUGCAAGGAGAAAGACAACAUCGACAUCACUCUUCAGUGGUUGAUCCAACACUCCCGGACUAAGAGGAGUUCCUGAGAACAGAAAACAGAACAGGCCACGCCCACCUGUCCUAACACACACUCGCUCUUUGAUCAAAACCCCUCCCCUGAAAACUUUACUCCCUAACCCCCCACCUGUCCUCCAUCCAUCUCUCCCUUCCUUAUAUUAACACCUCCUGACCUCCACCCACCUCCAUUACACCUCGGGAUGCACUCAUACCUCCGUUUUGUUUUUAUUCAAGUACUGACCAAAGUCUCUGUGUCAUCCACAUCCUCCUGACGGACACACUCAACCUCCAUCGUUACGGUUGAAGCUGUGAUUUUAAAAUUAAUACUUUCCUGGAAUAUAUCUCACAUUUUCUGGGAUUUCUCACCUUAAAUGAAAUGCGAUUUUAAACACACAGUUAAUCAGAAAUGUACGUUAAUUCAAAUUUUAUUCAUAUAUAUUCAUUAGUUCUGUGUGUUAACAGAAUAAAGUUUCCUCUCCUAAGUUGAAUGAACAGCAGUGACAACCGUUGCUUCCGUGGUUCAGUUCAGUUCUUUGGAAGCAUCGUGAGGUUUGGAGAAGGCGUCUUUGUUGUAGCACAUAGAAAAUGUCUUCGGUACACCAGCACACACGCUAACGCAGGUAUUUUUUCCGGGAAACGGAAGCAGAUUUUGUCGAGAAUUCCCAGGAAAAACCGGGAUCUCAAUUCCCGCCACUCAACCCUUGUUAGGGGUGUCACACCACAGAAGUCUGAGGAAUUAAUUAAUACUGUAGUUAAAGGAGCAUUUCACUCAAAUUACACAGCAGGACCAUUUCUGAAAGGUUUUCCUCACAGUGAAGUCAGUGACCUCCACUGUGUCUGGGUGGAGGUAAUAAAACCAAAACCAUCUGCAUUAAUAGAAACUAUAAGAGAGAAAAUCUUCUUAUUUUGUAAUUUUGGGUGAAGUGACUUUUUUAAUUUUCAGUAAAUGAACCCAGCAGUCAGUCAGUGUUUGAUCCUGGCGACAGAAAAGUGGUAUCAGUGCAUCUUUACAGAUCCAUACAGCAGCCUCUGUGAUAACCCGUGCUUUUAUUUUGGUGGGGAGCCUCAGCCAAACAUCUCUCUGCAGCCAAAACUGUCGGCCAUAUUGACUUUUAAGGGAGAAAGAAAACAGAUUUUCUUGUCAUUAGCAUUGUUAGCCGGUUAGCUGGAGCCUGUUUUGUGGAUCUCACUUAAGUUUUUCCCAUGAUCCUCCUCUCCUCCCCGACCUCCACCUUCUCCACCACCAAAAAUCUGCCUUCAUCAUUUCUCCUCUGUUGAUUUUCCUUCCUUCCUCCCUCCCUCCAUCUGUUUCUCCCUUUCUACCUCCACAUCUUCCAUCCAUCCAUCCACGCCUCCAUUCGUUCACAUUUAUAUAAUCCUGAGAAGCCCCUCUUCCUCCCUCGUCUGUUGUGAACUGCUUGUCCUCCUCUGUAUUCCCUCUAUCUUUCCUUCCUUUUCUUAUUUUUGGAUGUUCCCUUCUUUCUCUCUUUCCUCGUCGCCAAGCCCCGCCCCUCGUCGUCUCUCUCUCUCUCUCUCUCUCUCUCUCUCUCUCCUGCUGAGCGAGGGAUUAAAAACCUUUUUAUUGCACUGUUCAUUUUGGUUUUGUAAGAUAUUAAUAAUGAGAAUAAUGUUAAUAAUCUUCUUAUUGUGACAUAACCUGGUCUGGCCAGAUUUAAGGAAGUGGUACUUUACUGGCAGAAGGAGAAAUGUUAUUGUUUCUGUUCAUAUCUCUGUAAUAAGCUUUUUAUUUCUUAUUUGUUUUAUAUUGUUAUUAUUUUUUAUUGUUGUUUUUUGACUUCAUAAGUCUACUCUGGAGCCAGAGUUCAGUGUUUUCUGCUCUGAGAUGUCUGCUGAUCGGACCAGGGGUGAUCAAAUGCAACCUUCACAUCACGUCGAUGUAAUUAGUCACGCCUGAUUUGUUGAAACUCCCACAUAUUAAAUGUUUAUUGUAAAAUCGA